AUGGCUCUCGCACCUCAUCCGUCGCCUCCGGGCGUCAUCGGCCUGCAACCCGGUCCGCAUUUUGGACAGAUCAACGGAGCCACCCCUGUUGAUGCGCAUAUGCAACGCCAGCGCCUCCUGGCGCAGUUGAACGAAUCAACUUGGCAACGAAUUGGAUCCUUGAACGAGCUACUUGGAGACCACGAGGCCGCUCUGUUUGCAUAUGAGCAAGCUCUCAGACACAAUCAAUGGUCGACCCAGACCUUGAAUGCAAUUUCGUCUAUUCUCCGGACAAAGGAGAAAUACCCUGAAGCCAUGGAAUAUCUCAAAAACAUCCUGAAGGUCGAGCCUGCCAACGGCGAGGCGUGGGGAAAUCUAGGCCACUGCUACCUUAUGAUGGACAACCUGCAAGAGGCCUACACUGCCUACCAGCAAGCUCUUUACUACCUGCCCAAACCCAACGAGCCCAAACUAUGGUACGGCAUAGGAAUCCUCUACGACCGAUAUGGCUCUUUGGAACAUGCCGAGGAGGCCUUCUCCCAGGUCAUGCGGAUGCAGCCAGACUUCGAGAAAGCCAAUGAAAUUUAUUUCAGACUCGGAAUCAUUUACAAGCAGCAACAGAAGUUCUCCCACAGCCUUGAAUGCUUCAAAUACAUCGUCAAUGAUCCGCCACGCCCCCUUAAUGAGGAAGACAUCUGGUUCCAGAUUGGCCACGUGUAUGAGCAGCAGAAAGAUUUUGAGGCCGCAAAACAGGCGUACAGGCGCGUUCUAGAGAGAGAUCCGAAACAUGCCAAAGUGCUACAGCAGCUCGGCUGGCUGCAUCACCAGCAGAGUAACAGUUAUGCCAGCCAAGAUCAGGCCAUUGAAUACCUCGAACAGUCGGUCAGCUCAGAUAACUCUGAUGCUCAGAGCUGGUAUCUCCUCGGCAGAUGUUACAUGGCACAGCAGAAAUUUCCCAAAGCUUACGAAGCCUACCAACAAGCCGUUUAUCGUGAUGGGCGCAAUCCCACAUUUUGGUGCUCCAUCGGAGUGCUGUACUAUCAAAUAAACCAGUACCGAGACGCACUCGAUGCAUACUCACGUGCCAUUCGGCUGAAUCCGUACAUCUCAGAGGUGUGGUAUGACCUUGGAACUCUGUAUGAGUCUUGCAACAACCAAACCUCUGAUGCUCUUGAUGCGUAUGCCCGAGCAGCUGAGCUUGAUCCAACAAACGCGCACAUCAAAGCCCGUCUUGCCCUUCUGAGAAGCGGAGCAGCGACCGGGCCUAACCAGCACAAUGCCCCUGUCCCGCAAGAUGUUCACCCACAGGCAUAUCAGAAUGGCGUUGGCGUUCCUCCUGGCCCUCAAUGGGGAGGACCUUCAUCCUCCAACCAGCAACCGCAACAACCUCCAGUCGAUCCAGCUCGCGUUAAUGACUGGGCUAGAGGCAUCGCAGGCAUCAACCCGCCACCGGGACAACAACAACAAUCGCAGCCGCCACCGCAGCAGCAACCGCAGUCUCAACAACAGCAGCAGCCGCCCGCGCCCCAACAACAACCACCUAACGGCUAUGAAGGACGCGAUGCGAUGAGGGCUCCACCCCCACGAGCUCCUAGUCCGCGGCAGGACGGUCCACGUCCGUACGAUUCCUCGCGUCAGACACCUGUCCGCAAGUUGCAAUCACCGUCGCCUAAGAUGCAGCCGGCUAACCCAGGCAUGUUCCCGCCUGGGCCUCAGACUCUUCCGCAGAUCUCCAUGCAGGAUCGCCCUCCGGCUUUCGGUAGUGGAGUUCGUCCGUCUCCUACUAUGAAUGGAGCCCCGGCGCCUCAUGCCAAUGGCAGUGCGAGUGGCUCAACUCUUCCACCAUACGGGCGGCCUUUCAGCCCACCUAGUGAGUUGCGACCACUUAGAGAUGAACGACCUCAAUCACCCGGAGGCGGCUAUCGCCCACAGCCAUUUCAGUCGAGUCAACCAUUUCCUAGCAUUGCCAAUGGUGUUGCGUCCGCUGCUCCGCCUCUUCCUGCCGCAGAGGGACCUCGUGACGAUCGCCCGCCCUCCGCUAUGAAACGGAGCCGUGAGUGGGAGUCCGAUGGAGGGCCGUCUAAGAAGAUAGCUAAUGAGGAGACCCGUGCGCGCUUGGAUGACCCGGGUCGCCGAAAUAGCCCUCCAGGUCGUUUACCGACCCCGAAAGAUCAUUACAGGCGAAGCUCAUCUGAGUCUCGUCGUGAGAAUGAACGGCGGGCAAAUGAGAACUACCAUCCCUCGGAGGCAGCACAUCAUCCUUACACCCACCCUCAGCAGAUCCCGUCAAUGCAGUCAAUAUUGGACGCCCCAAAGGAAGACCGGAAAGAGCAGGUUGAGCAAGCAGCUCGCAAAGUCGACGUGGAUGAGGAUUAUGAUAACAACAGUGAGGACGAUAAGCGGGCUCCUCCUUCGGCAGCUCUGAGCAGCCCGCAGGUCGCGGCACCUCCAUCAGUAACGCCAAAGCAAGAGACGGCAGCAUGA